GGUCCCCAGUCCGUCCGGCGGGCCCGCACGCUCCAAGCAUCCCGGGAGCCACCACACGAUGGCCGACAGUCCUGUGUUGGAGCUGUUGUUGCGGCGGCUGGAGGCAGCGGAUGGCGGCCUGGACAGCGCAGAGUUGGCUACGCAGCUGGGCGUGGAGCACCAGGUGGUGGUGGGCGCCGUGAAGAGCCUGCAGGCUCUGGGCGAGGUCAUUGAGGCUGAGCUUCGUUCCACCAAGUGCUGGGAGCUGACUGCUGAGGGCGAGGAGAUUGCCCGGGAGGGCAGCCAUGAGGCCCGUGUGUUUAGAAGCAUCCCUCUCGAGGGCCUGGUGCAGAGUGAGCUCAUGCGACUGCCCAGUGGCAAGGUGGGCUUCAGCAAAGCCAUGUCCAACAAGUGGAUCCGAGUGGACAAGAGUACAGCUGAUGGGCCCCGGGUGUUCCAAGUGGUGGACAGCAUAGAGGAUGAAGUACAGAGGCGCUUGCAGCUGGUCCAAGCAGGCCAGGCUGAGAAGCUGGCUGAAAAGGAAAGGAAUGAGCUCCGGAAGAGGAAGCUGUUGACUGAAGUGACCCUGAAAACCUACUGGGUGAGCAAGGGCAAGGCCUUCAGCACAAGCGUAUCUAAGCAGGAGGCAGAGUUGAGCCCCGAGAUGAUCUCCAGCGGCUCCUGGAGGGACCGGCCCUUCAAGCCCUAUAACUUCUCUGCCCGGGGUGUGCUCCCAGACAGUGGCCACCUGCACCCAUUGCUCAAGGUCCGCUCCCAGUUCCGACAGAUCUUCCUGGAGAUGGGGUUCACUGAGAUGCCUACAGACAAUUUCAUUGAGAGCUCUUUCUGGAACUUUGAUGCACUCUUCCAGCCUCAGCAGCACCCAGCACGUGACCAACAUGAUACAUUCUUCCUAAAAGAUCCCGCUGAGGCCCUGCAGCUCCCAAUGGACUAUGUCCAGCGGGUGAAACGGACCCACUCCCAGGGCGGCUAUGGCUCACAGGGCUACAAGUACACCUGGAAGCUAGAAGAGGCCCGGAAAAACCUGCUUCGCACACAUACCACAGCGGCCAGUGCCCGAGCCCUCUACUGCUUAGCUCAGAAGAAGCCCUUCACACCAGCCAAGUACUUCUCCAUCGAUCGUGUGUUCCGGAAUGAGACGCUGGACGCCACCCACCUAGCCGAGUUCCACCAGAUUGAGGGUGUGAUAGCUGACCAUGGGCUGACUCUGGGCCACCUCAUGGGUGUGCUGAGGGAGUUCUUCACCAAGCUGGGAAUCACCCAGUUGCGCUUCAAACCAGCCUACAACCCCUACACAGAGCCCAGCAUGGAGGUGUUCAGCUACCACCAAGGUCUAAAGAAGUGGGUAGAAGUUGGCAACUCUGGGGUCUUCCGUCCUGAGAUGCUCCUGCCUAUGGGGCUCCCCGAGAAUGUGUCUGUUAUCGCUUGGGGUCUCUCUCUGGAGCGCCCAACAAUGAUCAAGUACGGCAUCAACAACAUCCGGGAGCUGGUGGGCCACAAGGUGAACCUGCAGAUGGUGUACGACAGCCCCGUGUGCCGCCUGGAUACUGAGCCUAGGUCCCCACAAACACAGGAGGCUGCAUGAUAUAGGCUGCCCAGACAGCCUUGUCCAGUACCCAUGCAUCCCCCGGAAGUGACCUCGCCAAUAUUUAUGAGGCCUCUGUGAGGCCAGCUCACUCCUCUGCCUCACCCCCUGGGGCAGGGUCCAAACUACAGGAAGCAGGUUUCUUGUGCUGGCCUUUAGUUGUGCCUGUAGUGUGCUGGAAAGGGUGGGUUUGGGCCUGGGGUCAGCUGCUGUCUAAUAAAGUGGCACAUUGCCUCGUUGGUUCCUA